AUGUACACCGUUCCCAAGGCUCCAGGCACUAUGUACACCGUUCCCCAGGCUCCAGGCACCAUGUACACCGUUCCCAAGGCUCCAGGCACCAUGUACACCGUUCCCUGGGCUCCAGGCACCGUGUACACCGUUCCCCGGGCUCCAGGCACCAUGUACACCGUUCCCCAGGCUCCAGGCACCAUGUACACCGUUCCCAAGGCUCCAGGUACCAUGUACACCGUUCCCCAGGUUCCAGGCACCAUGUACACCGUUCCCCAGGUUCCAGGCACCAUGUACACCGUGCCCCAGGUUCCAGGCACCAUGUACACCGUUCCCCAGGGUCCAGGCACCAUGUACACCGUUCCCCAGGCUCCAGGCACCAUGUACACCGUUCCCCAGGCUCCAGGCACCAUGUACACCGUUCCCCAGGUUCCAGGCACCAUGUACACCGUUCCCCAGGUUCCAGGCACCAUGUACACCGUUCCCCAGGUUCCAGGCACCAUGUACACCGUUCCCCAGGCUCCAGGCACCAUGUACACCGUUCCCCAGGCUCCAGGCACCAUGUACACCGUUCCCCAGGUUCCAGGCACCAUGUACACUGUUCCCAAGGUUCCAGGCACCAUGUACACCGUUCCCCAGGUUCCAGGCACCAUGUACACCGUUCCCCAGGUUUCAGGCACCAUGUACACCGUUCCCCAGGUUCCAGGCACCAUGUACACCGUUCCCUGGGCUCCAGGCACCAUGUACACCGUUCCCCAGGCUCCAGGCACCAUGUACACCGUUCCCCAGGUUCCAGGCACCAUGUACACUGUUCCCAAGGUUCCAGGCACCAUGUACACCGUUCCCCAGGCUCCAGGCACCAUGUACACCGUUCCCCAGGUUCCAGGCACCAUGUACACUGUUCCCAAGGUUCCAGGCACCAUGUACACCGUUCCCCGGUCUCCAGGCACCAUGUACACCGUUCCCCAGGUUCCAGGCACCAUGUACACUGUUCCCAAGGUUCCAGGCACCAUGUACACCGUUCCCCGGGCUCCAGGCACCGUGUACACCGUUCCCCGGGCUCCAGGCACCAUGUACACCGUUCCCCUGGCUCCAGGCACCAUGUACACCAUUCCCCGGGCUCCAGGCACCAUGUACACCGUUCCCCUGGCUCCAGGCACCAUGUACACCGUUCCCCGGGCUCCAGGCACCAUGUACACCGUUUCUAAGGGCUCCAGGUACCAUGUACACCGUUCCUCAGGGCUCCAGGUACCAUGUACACCGUUCCUAAGGGCUCCAGGUACCAUGUACACCGUUCCUCAGGGCUCCAGGCACCAUGUACACCGUUCCCCGGGGUUCAGGCACCAUGUACACCGUUCCUCAGGGCUCCAGACACCAUGUACACCGUUCCCCGGGGUCCAGACACCAUGUACACCGUUCCCCGGGGUCCAGGUACCAUGUACACCGUUCCCCGGGGUCCAGGCACCAUGUACACCGUUCCCCGGGCUCCAGGUACCAUGUACACCGUUCCUCAGGGCUCCAGGUACCAUGUACACCGUUCCUAAGGGCUCCAGGUACCAUGUACACCGUUCCUCAGGGCUCCAGGCACCAUGUACACCGUUCCUUAGGGCUCCAGAUACCAUGUACACCGUUCCCCGGGGUCUAGGCACCAUGUACACCGUUCCUCAGGGCUCCAGACACCAUGUACACCGUUCCCCGGGGUCCAGGUACCAUGUACACCGUUCCCCGGGGUCCAGGCACCAUGUACACCGUUCCCCGGGCUCCAGGUACCAUGUACACCGUUCCUCAGGGCUCCAGGUACCAUGUACACCGUUCCUAAGGGCUCCAGGUACCAUGUACACCGCUCCUCAGGGCUCCAGGCACCAUGUACACCGUUCCUCAGGGCUCCAGACACCAUGUACACCGUUCCCCGGGGUCCAGGCACCAUGUACACCGUUCCCCGGGGUCCAGGUACCAUGUACACCGUUCCUCGGGGUCCAGGCACCAUGUACACCGUUCCCCGGGCUCCAGGUACCAUGUACACCGUUCCUCAGGGCUCCAGGCACCAUGUACACCGUUCCCCGGGCUCCAGGUACUAUGUACACCGUUCCCCGGGCUCCAGGCACCAUGUACACCGUUCCCCGGGCUCCAGGCACCAUGUACACCGUUCCCCGGGCUCCAGGUACUAUGUACACCGUUCCCCAGGCUCCAGGCACCAUGUACACCGUUCCCCGGGCUCCAGGUACUAUGUACACCGUUCCCUGGGCUCCAGGCACCAUGUACACCGUUCCCUGGGCUCCAGGCACCAUGUACACCGUUCCCUGGGCUCCAGGCACCAUGUACAUAACAUAA